AUGGCCGUGGGACGGUUCUACCUGGCCUGCCUGGCGCUGGGGUCCCUGGGCUCACUCUGCGUCCUCUUCACCAUCUACUGGAUGCGGUACUGGCGUGGCGGCUUUGCCUGGGACGGCAGCAUCUUCAUGUUCAACUGGCACCCGGUGCUCAUGGUUGCUGGGUUGGUGGUGUUCUACGGAGCAGCGUCGCUGGUGUACCGCCUGCCCCAGUCCUGGGUGGGGCCCAAGCUGCCCUGGAAAGUGCUCCACGCAGCCCUGCACCUGAUGGCCUUCGUCCUGGCGGUGCUGGGGCUGGUAGCCGUCUUUGAAUUUCACAACAGUCAUCAUAUCAACCACCUCUACUCCCUGCACAGCUGGCUGGGGAUUGUCACCGUCUUCCUGUUCGCCUGCCAGUGGUUCCUGGGCUUCGCCGUCUUCCUCCUGCCCUGGGCAUCUCUGGGGCUGCGCAGCGUCCUCAAGCCCGUCCACAUCUUCUUUGGAACCUCUGUCUUCUCCCUGGCCCUCGCCUCGGUCAUUUCCGGCAUUAAUGAGAAGCUUUUCUUCACUUUGAAGAACAACACCAAGCCCUACUCCAGCCUGCCCGAGGAGGCGGUCUUUGCCAACAGCACCGGGAUAUUGGUGGUGGCUUUUGGGCUGCUGGUGCUCUACAUCCUGGCUUCAUCGUGGAAGCGCCCGGAGCCGGGCUCUCUGACCGACACACAGGGGUCCUGGUUGGUGUCGGCAGCAGACUUUGUGUGGGUGCUGAGCCCACACUUCUCGCAGCCUCCCGUUGGGCUCUCCCUAGCCACUGGCAGCCUGUCUGCUUUUGCUUGGUGGUUUGGCUUCCGCAUCUUUCUCAUGUCAGCAUCUCAGGACCCCCGUGUCCACGAGGGCCCCCCACCUGGCUACCUCGUGCUGCUCCAGCGCUCUCUCUGA